CCUCGGUUUGUUUACGUCGCCCUGCCGUCAGCUGAGCGUCGUCUGCUAGCACUGAAGGGUUAAAUUUAGGGAUUUGAGUGACAUUAGAGGGAAGUGCCUUUUUGACGUGAGUCGAAUGGUUUCAGUUGAUGAUCGGUCUUUAACAGAGAAGAGUAGUAAGAAGUGAUUAUUUUUAGAUCCACCCCACUUAUUGAAGGCGCAUCUUACUAAGAUGUCGAAGCUUCUGAAACUAAUAACUUUUGACUGCACCGAGACUCUUAUGAUGUUUCAUCCUCCUGUGGCCCAGAAAUAUACUGAAUCUGCUGAGAAAUUUGGGAUUUCAAUCGGUACUGAAGAUUUACUUUCACACUUUAGAGUUCAAUUCAAGGCAUUAAGUAAAAAUCACCCGAAUUUUGGGAGACACACAGGUUUGGGUUGGAAGUCUUGGUGGGGGCAGAUUGUAGUAAAUACUUUUAAAUCAGCUAACCCAUCUAUUAAGAAUCAUAAAGCUCUAGAGCAGCUUGCCUCAUUUCUUAUUGAGGAGUACCAGACCAAUCGGUGCUGGGCUUUAGCAGAUGGCGCUUGUGAUAUUUUAGACAUGUUGAAACAGAAGAAUAUUUCUAUUGGUGCUAUUUCAAACACUGAUGAAAGAUUAGAAAAUACUUUGAUGUCUUUAAAAAUUCAUUCAUAUUUUGAUUUUGUUCUGACAUCCUACUCAGCAGGUGUAAUGAAGCCAGACAAACAGAUUUUUGAUUUGGCAAGGAGCCAGAUUAAUGGUCAUGUUUCUCCUGGUCUUUGUGCACAUGUCGGGAAUUCUCUCAAAUUUGAUUAUUUAGGCGCCCAAAACGCCGGAUGGAACCCAAUUUAUGUGGGACCAGUUGAUGAUGAAGUUCUGAGAAUGGCAGCUUCCAACACUGUAUUUAAUAAUUUGGCAGAGUUGCAUUCAUAUUUGGAAAAAGUGUUGCCAGGUAUUGAUGAGAAUGAUGAUACAGCUUUAAUAAAAUAAAAUUAUAAGCCACCAUAUUAAUGUUUCUUCUUUAGUAGGCCCUAAAACUGACAGGUGAAUAUAGCAGGUAAUAAACAAAAUACUGAUUAUGUACUUUUUAUGUUUAUUUGUGUACAAAGCACAAUACCAAUACAUCUGUAAUUUACAUCUACAUGACGGGGGGAGUAGAAAAAAAGACAGAUCUACAAAAAACUUUUCAGAAGGAAAUUUCAUUUCAAUCAUAAUUUUAGUUUUCUACAAAUCCUACUCCAAAUGACGUUACAUUGCAAAGAGCCCUGGAGUAAUUUCCCUUCUGUAACUGGGUCUUUUACUCCAUAUCUGUAGUUGUUUCCUUUUUGAAUAUCACUUUUGAGUGAAUGGUUUCAAUUCUUUUCAAGGUGUUUUUCCUGACUUUGGUGGAGGUAGAAAAAAUAGAGAAUGAAGCCAAUAUCCAUGUAGUACCACAAUGUACUUCAGCUAGAGAAAAACAGCUAAGCAUGAGGAGGAAUAUUUGUGGUACAUGCUCUUAGAUCACAAGGACCAUUUCAUCACAAAACUCAGAGCUCCAAAUCUCCCUCAUACAUAGAUAUAAGUCUAUAUAUAAGUAUAUAUAAAAUCUUUUGUCACUUUACAGUCUAUAUAGAUUAAGUCUUAAUGAAAACGAAGUAACAUUGAUUGAAUAAGCAAUCAAGCUGUUUACAAUUGUAAGCAGGUAUUUUAAGUGCAAUAGUACGCAACAUAGACAAUUUGGCUUUUAGUUAAAAACAAAGAUAAACAUAGUAAACAACAAAGGCAUCAAGGGAAAUCGCCAUGCAGAGACUAGCGCAGCUACAGAGAAUUACUUAACAAAUGCACCAAAAAUCUAACUUACAAGAUUGCUUCUUCAAUGGAAAGAUUUAUAAAGUGACACAAAGCUGCUUGACAUUAAAAAAGAGAAUCUCAUACUUGUUUCACAUAUGUUUUAUCUUCCUUCUUCAAACUUUAUACAACCAUUUCAACAUUUUACAAUUAAAAUUUGAAGGGUUUUCCAACAUACACGUAUCACAUAAACUAUAUGAAUAUGAUCUGGUAAAAAUCACACUUAAAAUUCAAUUUGCAGAAGAUAUACAAAUACAAAAUGCUUUCUUGAAGGAGAGGAAGGAGAUCAAGGACGGGAAAGGAAGGGGAAGGGGAGCAGGCACUAAAGGAAAGUAUCGGUUUUUAACAGAGUUUGGGAAGCAGGAGCGAGGAGGAAGGGGAGAGGGAAGGGGGAAGGGAUUUGGGAUACUUGCUUGGCAGUAACAAGAAAAGUGUGAGCUCACACUUAUUGAUGCGAUACAUUUCUUACAAAUUUAAUAUAAAAAAGAAAUAAAGGAAUUCACAAAUAAAUAGAAGUAAUGCAGUGGUAGAUUUAAAAAAAAAAAUUAAAA